AUGCUCCCCCGGCCCCUGUGUCCCGCCGAGCUGCGGCGGGCGCCAGCCUCGGUCCGCAGCCGGGCGCGGGGCGGCGGCGGCCCCGUUCUGCUGCCCUCCAUGCUGAUGUUCGGCGUGAUCCUGGCCUCCAGCGGGCUGCUGCUCAUGAUCGAGAAGGGCAUCCUGGCCGACGUGAAGCCGCCGCCGCUGCACCCCGCGCCGGGGGAGCCGUCCCGGCGCGGCGGCGGUGCGGAGGCCGCCGGGGACGUGGAGUCCGAGGUGCUGCGGGACGUGCGGAACCGCACCAUCGGCGCCGUGUGCGGGCAGCGGGCCAUGCCCCGCAGCGUGUGGGAGCUGCCGGCCGGGCAGCGGCGCACGGUGCUGCGGCACCUCCUGGUCAGCGACAAGUACCGCUUCCUGUACUGCUACGUGCCCAAGGUGGCCUGCUCCAACUGGAAGCGCAUCCUCAAGGUGCUGGACGGGGCGCUGGAGAGCGUGGACGUCAAGGUGAAGAUGGACCACAAGAGCGACCUGGUCUUCCUGGGGGACAUGAAGCCGGACGAGAUCAGCUACCGCCUGAAGCACUACUACAAGUUCCUCUUCGUGCGGAACCCCAUGGAGAGGCUGCUGUCGGCCUACAGGAACAAGUUUGGGGAGAUCAAGGAGUACCAGCAGAAGUACGGGGUGGAGAUCGUCCGCAGGUACCGCCGGAACGGGGGGAGCUCGGCCGGUGACGACGUGACCUUCGCCGAGUUCCUCCGGUACCUGCUGGACGAGGAGGUGGAGAGGAUGAACGAGCACUGGAUGCCCAUCUACAACCUGUGCCAGCCCUGCGCCGUCCGCUACGACUUCAUCGGCUCCUACGAGCGGCUUAGCGCCGACGCCAACUACGUCCUGGAGCGCGUCCGGUCGCCCUCCUUCAUCCGCUUCCCCGAGCGGCAGCCCUGGUACAAGCCCGUCACGGCGGAAACGCUCCAUUACUACCUGUGCAACACCCAGCGCCGCCUCAUCAGAGACCUCCUGCCAAAGUACAUCCUGGACUUCUCCCUCUUUGCCUACCCCCUCCCCAACAUCACCAGCGAGUUCUGCAGGCAGUGAGCUGCGGGGCUUUGCUGAGGCCGCCGACGCUGUGGAACGCUCUGCUCUAUGCAAUCUGCCCUCGUUUUGUACUUUCCCGACCCUCUUUGUAUGACAUUUUAUACACGACCCCUGCUACCCGAAUACUUUUGUAUCGUUCCCGUUUUAACGUGUGCGUACGACUCGAGCACAGGAGCUUUUGUAGAGCUGUUUGGCUUUAGACUCUUUUUUUACAGCAGGACGUGGAAAACAUCUGUGAGGGAGCUGAGAAGUUGAUACCUUUUGAGUAUUUUUUCACCCUUUUCUGUGUUUUGUACCAAAUAACGUGCAGCUGAAUUGCAGGUGUAAUACAGCUGGAUGCACAGUGGUUGAUGCACUAAAUAUUAGCGCUGUUAAAACUGGUCCUGGAUUAGGCAGGGGGCAGUUUUGGGGGUAUGAGUAGAAGAAAAGGCUUUCCUAAACUAAGGCCCUAUUUAUCCUUUAGUUUCCCAGCUGUAGAUGGUGGUUAAAUAGGGCUGGUCUUUUUUUUCUGUGACAGUAGUACCUCUGGGGUUUAUUGUUAUUAAUUAUUUACCAUUGAAAUAAAACUAGUGAUAGGAUUUUGUGCAAUGUUUAGGACUUGGAAGUACCAGCUCCUUACCUAGCGUAACGUAUCUGAUGCAAGACCAAGCCAUAACAAUUCCCUUUUCUCUCUCUGAAUUGAAGCAAUACAGACGGGGGGUAAAAUCACAUCCCAUCCUGGUUCCUGGGCCAUAAAACAGCAGAACCCCGUCCUGCAGGGUGCAGCUCAUGCCAUUGGCAGGCCUCUCUGGCUGCGUGGGUGCAAAUCACUGUGGAAAACCACAUUCUCCAUCCACCUCUGAAACAACAGCGAGGCGAGGAUUAGUCCUCCCUCCUUGUAUGGAGGUGCAAAGCCUUUUUGUAGCUAUUUGUAUUUAAUUAUGGCCGUUAAGGGUGGGGAGAGGGGGCAGAACGCUCUCCCUGGGAGGCUGUGUCCUCGUUUUUAAUAAAGCUUUUAUACGAAUUA